CAAAAGCUUCUGAAUUCUAAUUCAUGAAGAAACACUACAACACCAUUCUCUCCCUACUAGAAAAAUGUAAAACCAUGAGUGAAUUGAAAGAGAUACAUGGGAUGAUGAUCACUACCUCAGUUGAUAAGAAUGUAAUCCCAUUGAGUAGGCUUAUUGAUUUCUGUGCUAAUUCUGAAGCUGGAGACAUCAGCUAUGCCAAGUCGGUUUUUCGCCGAAUUCAGCAACCUAGUGUCUAUAUCUGGAACUCAAUGAUCAGAGGGUGCUCGAAUAGCGAGAACCCAGUUGAGUCUUUGAUAAUGUAUAGAGAAAUGGUGCAUAGGGGUUAUGCUCCUGACCAUUUUACAUUUCCAUUUGUGCUCAAAGGGUGUUCGAUAAUCGUUGAUGUUGAAGUUGGGAAAUGUGUUCAUAACUGCAUUGUGAAAACUGGGUUUGAGUUGAAUGUGUAUGCCUCUUCCGGUUUACUCAAUAUGUAUGCUUGUUGUGCAGAUAUGGAAUCUGCACAGAAGGUGUUUGAUAAAAUGCCUAAGUGGAAUGUAGUUGCUUGGACUAGUCUGAUUUCCGGGUUUGUUGGGAACAAUCAAGCUAGUGAGGCUAUAAAGGUGUUUAAGGACAUGGAACUUUGUAAUGUCGAGCCUAAUGAGAUUACGAUGGUCAAUGUCUUAGUUGCUUGUGCUCGAAGUAGGGAUAUCAAUACUGGGAAGUGGGUUCACAGUCGUAUUCGCCAACUUGGGUUUGAUCCCUUUGGAUCGAGUUUUGGUUUUAAUGUGAUUCUUGCGACUGCCAUUGUAGAUAUGUAUGCAAAAUGUGGCAGCUUGAGAACAGCAAGGCAUCUGUUUGACAAGAUGCCUGACAGAAACUUGGUUGCCUGGAAUUCCAUGAUCAGUGCCUACAAUCAAUAUGGCCAGGGUGAUAAAGCGAUUGAUCUCUUUUUUGAUAUGCGGAUUGCUGGGUUUGUUCCGGACCAAGCUACCAUUCUGGGUGUGAUUGGUUCUUGUGCGCAGUUGGGGGCUUUGGCAUUGGGACAAAGUCUUCAUUCGUAUGUAGCAAAAACUAGCAUAGGCACAGAUGCUUCUAUUGGGACUGCUUUAGUGGACAUGUAUACGAAAAAUGGAGAUGCAGGCAGUGCGCAAAGAAUUUUUGACAAUAUGCAGAAGAAAGAUGUAAUGGCGUGGACUAGUAUGAUUGUUGGUUUAGCUAUGCAUGGGCAUGCCGUGGAAGCACUGCAUACUUUUAGAAGAAUGCAAGAGGAUGCUAGUGUUAUUCCAGACCAGAUCACUUAUAUUGGGGUUUUAUGCGCGUGUAGCCAUGUUGGGCUUGUGGAGGAGGGUCAGAGACACUUUGGCUCAAUGGUUGAUGUUUAUGGCAUAAAACCAACUGCAGAGCAUUACGGCUGCAUGGUUGAUCUUCUGAGUCGAGCAGGCCGGUUUGAAGAGGCGGUGAAACUACUGGAAGAAAUGCCAAUUCAACCCAAUGUUGCUAUAUGGGGAGCUCUCUUAAAUGGGUGUGAGAUAUAUGAAAAUGUAGAUCUAGCUGACCAAGUUAGAAGAUACAUAACAGAGUUGGAGCCUCAUAUUAGUGGAGUUUUCGUCCUUCUUUCCAAUAUAUAUGCUAGGGCCGGAAGAUGGCAAGAAGUAAAGCUGACUAGAGAAUUGAUGAAAGAUAGGAGGAUUGCCAAAAGUCUUGGAUGUAGUUCAGUUGAAAUGAAAUUGUUAAGUUCAUAAUGCAUCAUCUUCGUCCAACAAUCUUCAGAUUGGUUUACCUCUGAGCAGUUCUAAUCCAGGGUGUAAAGCUUGCAAUCAAUCUGAAGUUCAAGAAUGUCAUUCUGGACAGUGACUGCAAAUAACUUGUUGAUGCCCUCAACAACAAUAUCGAGGGAGGCAAUUAGAAAAUUUUACCCUCUCUUGUUUCAUAGCCUGAACUGUGAGUUUGAUCUAAGUGCAAUGGAGAUGGAUAUAGCUUGGAUAGCUAAAGAAGCUAACUGUGCUGCAGCUGCCAUAGCGAAGCUUGCAAGGAGGUUGGUGCUCAAUGACCUGGGAAAUGGCCCCCCAACCUCCAUGGUUAAUGUUUUAGUGAAUGAUGUGCUCCCAUGCCCCCUGUUUAUCAUUAUGCUGUGUAUCAGCUUGGCAAUAGCAUUGAUUUUAGUCGCAGUAGACGGUGCUAGGGUAUUUGCAUCUUUCUUAUGAUCAGGGGAUUGCUUCCGAUUAUCACACUGGAAAAAAUUGGUCCCACCAAAAUGCCAACAAAAGGGUCUCAACAUUAAUGUUCAUCAUCAGCAUGAGUUUUCACUACUAACUGUUCAAUUCAUAUCGUUCAUUUUCCUAGAUUUCUUGUCUUUUGGGAUGUGACAUUCUACAGACUAGAAGUAUACCGACACAAUGUUGAGGUCUCCAGCUCCAGAAUUUGCAAAAAACAGUAAAGCCUACAUAACCAUCUUAUUAUAAUGAUUUAAUUGCAUAAAAUUUAUUUUCUUUGAGACUGUUAUGGUGGUGUUUCUUCCAUGAA